GGAGCAAUAUUGGUGGGCUACUGCUGCAUGCAAGUUCGUGAAUCACAGGCGCAGGAUUGUCAAUCAAGUGUAAGGCUACACGCAUGGAGUGCAAAGGGUUCAGCUGAGGCCGAAGCGAAAAGACGCUUCAUCUGUCCGUUUGAGAAUCUAUCUCUGUUAGUAGCCGACGCUAAGGACAAACGUCGCCUCAGUUGAGACUGUGUGGCGGAGGAAUGUUCUUUGUCUCACUGGCGAUGGCAGGAAUGUGGAACAAAGCAUGAACGCAAGACAUGCCUUGCAUAUACAAUGCUCACUGAUAAUGUUCACAUAACCUAUGUCACAAAGAGCUUG